UAGUAAGCAGCAGAAAUGCUGUGUUCAACUACUUGUGGGAACUUGGAAACUCGGAACUUUCCGACUUGCUAACUGAUUAUAGUUAUACACGUGCCGUGUUGAACGACUCAUCAAGUCGGACAUUUCUUAGGUCAUAGUUCCGACUAGUAUUUUAACGCGGCCUAAGUAGGCAGGCACCCCUCACGAGCGAUCUAUUGUGAUCAUCGGUUCGCACAGCUGGUCUGUUCUCCUACCGAAAAGGGAACGGAACACUCGCUACGUCUUCGUUUCACCAGGUUCUAACUUCGAAUCCUCAAUUGUCAUGUUGGAAGCGACACCUUCGCAGAUUUAGGCGACAUUAUCGGAGAUAAUAAACUAGCACACGCAGACAACAAAGCAUUCCUCUUUUUACGGCGUGUGGGAAGACUGCAUCCGGACUGAAAAGAAACUCCGGGGACGGGGACACUGGUCGGAACAACGCACGUCGUUUCUGACCUCCCCUGCCAGAGAGCACCAUGGAGAAGAUGAAGCGGUUUAGGAGGAGGCUGUCCCAGACUCUGAGAGGGAGUCAGACCAUCGACGAGUCUCUGUCUGAACUGGCUGAACAGAAUACGAUAGAGGAGAACGGCAACAAGGACAGCGGGACCGUGGUGCAUAACGGUCACGGACUUCCCCCCUCGGCCCACAGUGUUCACUCCUUCCUGCACCAGUACACUAGUUCCUUCAAGAAGCCCUCUCUGCGGAGACCCCAGAGCGUCAUAGGUGGAGGAGGGCUAGGGUCUUUCAUGGCCGUGCAACGCAACGGCAGCCGCCUUGACAUCGUCCAUGAGAAUAUGAAGAUGGGUUCUGAUGGAGAGAGUGACCAGGCAUCAGGGACCAGCUCAGAUGAGGUUCAGUCUCCCACAGGGGUGUGUCUGAGGAACAGGGGUAACCGACGCAUCUCUGCAGAGGACCUGAACAAGCGUCUGUCCUUACCUGCUGACAUCCGUAUUCCAGAUGGUUACUUGGAGAAACUACAGCUCACCAGCCCCUCCUUCGACCUGCCCCUCAGCCGACGCUCCCGAAGAGCAUCAUUGUCUGAAAUUGGAUUCGGGAAGCUUGAGACAUACAUCAAACUGGACAAGUUAGGAGAGGGAACGUAUGCUACAGUGUUUAAAGGAAGGAGUAAAUUGACAGACAACCUGGUGGCUCUGAAGGAGAUCAGACUGGAGCACGAGGAGGGAGCACCUUGCACUGCGAUCAGAGAGGUGUCCUUACUGAAGGACCUGAAACACGCCAACAUAGUGACCCUGCACGACAUCAUCCACACAGACAAGUCCCUGACGCUAGUCUUCGAGUACCUGGACAAGGACCUGAAGCAGUACAUGGACGACUGUGGGAACAUCCUGAGCAUGCAGAACGUCAAGAUCUUCUUGUUUCAGAUCCUGCGAGGUUUGUCCUACUGUCACAGACGGAAGGUUCUACACAGAGAUCUGAAGCCUCAGAACCUGCUCAUCAACGAACGAGGAGAACUCAAACUGGCCGACUUCGGUCUGGCCCGGGCCAAGUCAGUCCCCACUAAGACGUACUCCAACGAGGUGGUGACGCUCUGGUACCGACCUCCUGACGUUCUACUGGGAUCCUCUGAGUACUCCACACAGAUAGACAUGUGGGGUGUGGGCUGUAUAUUUUAUGAGAUGGCUGCCGGGAGGCCUCUGUUCCCUGGCUCUACUGUGGAGGACGAACUGCACCUCAUCUUCAGACUGCUGGGAACACCCUCAGAGGACAGCUGGCCUGGCAUCUCCUCCAUGGAGGAGUUCAAGUCCUACAAGUUCCCCAAGUACAAGACACAGCCCCUCAUCAACCAUGCUCCCAGGUUGGAUACCGAUGGCAUUGAACUGCUGCUGUCAUUUCUCAAAUACGAGUCCAAGCAGAGGAUGUCUGCAGAUGAGGCGAUGAGACAGCCCUACUUCAGGAGCCUGGGGACACACGCACACACACUGCCAGAGAGCAUAUCCAUAUUCACCCUGAAGGAGGUUCAGCUGCAGAGAGAUCCAGGCUAUAGGAACUCUAACUAUCCUGAGUCAGGCAACGGCAAGAACAGAAGGCAGAGCAUGCUGUUCUAAAGACUCCGAACGGUGGUGUGUUCAACAGAUGAGGAUGUCCUACCUACCCGAAGAGUUAUACAGACAGAGAUGGUUCAGUCCCAGAGAUGGUUGUCUACAAGGGGCCACAGGGGGGGGGGGGGGGGGUAGGAGGACCAGCCCUCUGUGCGCCACCCCCUUUCUUCCAGGGGCCCCUAUCUACAGUACUGUUGGACCCCUGGGGGCCCAGGCCAAUGUGAAACUGGCUAAAAAUAGAGAUGUUUAUACAUUUUAUAUUUAUUGGGGAUAAGAGAGAAUUUGCUGCUACAAAUCCAACUACUGUCUAGAAGAUUCUAACUGGCUCAGUCACUUUAAAAGAAAACAUGCAAUGUGUAUAGAUGUUUUAUUAUUUGGAAGUGGUGGCAUUGUUUUUGGUUUUGUCCAUUGAUUUCCAUUAUUUCCACCUCAGCACUCCAACUGUGACAGACAGACAAACCGAGAUCUUUGCUGUAGCAGAGUCUGACAUUUUGGGAUUUUCUCUGUUCCGUUGCCGUACGUGGUGCUGUAUUCAAACACCAACCUCCCAUAUUUCUGGACCAUUCAAUACAUAUCACAAGAUACUGUUGAGGCCAGUACAGCCCUAGUGGAUGGUGAUGAUCGUAGCGAUUGUUCUAUCUCUAUGGUGACCAUAUCCACCUGCUUCCAACCUGAAAGACUGUACCUCCAUUUUGAUAGAAGGUAUGGGAGCAGUGAUCGGCUUGGUGAAAAAUGGUUCACAUAGUUGUUAGUAGGUACAGUUGAAGUCAGAAAUUUACAUACACCUUAGCCAAAUACAUUUAAACUCAGUUUUUCACAAUUCAUGACAUUUAAUCUUAGUUACAAUGUCCUGUUUUAGGUCAGUUAGGAUCACCACUUUUAUUUUAAGAAUGUGAAAUGUCAGAAUAAUAGAAGAGACAAUGAUUUAUUUCAGCUUUUAUUUCUUUCAUCACAUUGUCAGUGGGUCAGAAGUUUACAUACACUCAUUUAGUAUUUGGUAGCAUUGCCUUUAAAUUGUUUAACGUGGGUAAAAUGUUUUGGGUUGCCUUCCACAAGCUUCCCACAAUAAAUUGGGUGAAUUUUGGCCCAUUCCUCUUGACAGAGCUGUUGUAACUGAGUCAGGUUUGUAGGCUUCCUUGCUCGCACACGCUUUUUCAGUUCUGCCCACAAAUUUUCUAUAGGAUUGAGGUCAGGGCUUUGUGAUGGCCACUCCAAUACCUUGACUUUGUUGUCCUUAAGCCAUUUUGCCACAACUUUGGAAGUAUGCUUGGGGUCAUUGUCCAUUUGGAAGACCAUUUGCGACCAAGCUUCAACUUCCUAACUGAUGUCUUGAGAUGUUGCUUCAAUAUAUCCACAUAAUUGUCCCUCCUCAUGAUGCCAUCUAUUUUGUGAAGUGCACCAGUCCGUCCUGCAGCAAAGCACCCCCACAACAUGAUGCUGCCACCCCCGUGCUUCAUGGUUGGGAUGGUGUUCUUUGGCUUGCAAGCAUCUCCCUUUUUCCUCCAAACAUAACGAUGGUCAUUAUGGCCAAACAGUUGUAUUUUUGUUUCAUCAGACCAGAGGACAUUUCUCCAAAAAGUACAAUCUUUGUCCACAUGUGCAGUUGCUAACCGUAGUCUGGCUUUUUUAUGGUGGUUUUGGAGCAGUGGCUUCUUCCUUGCUGAGAGGCCUUUCAGGUUAUGUCGAUAUAGGACUCGUUUUACUGUGGAUAUAGAUACUUGAUAAUAUAGAUAAUUGUACCUGUUUCCUCCAGCAUCUUCACAAGGUCCUUUGCUGUUGUUCUGGGAUUCAUUUGCACUUUUUGCACCAAAGUACGUUCAUCUCUAGGAGACAGUCUACUUCCUGAGCAGUAUGAUGGCUGUGUGGUCCCAUGGUGUUUAUACUUCCAUACUGUUGUUUGUACAGAUGAAUGUGGUACCUUCAGGCGUUUUGGAAAUUGCUCCCAAGGAUGAACCAGACUUGUGGAGGUCCACAAUAUUUUUUGAGGUCUGAUUUUGGCCUAUUUCUUCUGAUUGUCCCAUGAUGUUAAGCAAAGAGGCACUGAGUUUGAAGGUAGGUCUUAAAAUACAUCCACAGGUACACUUCCAAUUUACUCAAAUGAUGUCAAUUAACCUAUCAGAAGCUUCUAAAGGCAUGACAUCAUUUUCUGUAAUUUUCCAAGCUGUUUAAAGGCACAGUCAACUUAGUGUAUGUAAACUUCUGACCCACUGGAAUUGUAAUACAGUGAAAUAACCUGUCUGUAAACAAUUGUUGGGAAAAGUAUUUGUGUCAUGCACAGAGUAGAUGUCCUAAGCGACUUGCCAAAACUAUAGUUCGUUAACAAGAAAUGUGUGGAGUGGUUGAAAAACGAGUUUUAAUGACUCCAACCUUAGUGAAUGUAAACUUCCCACUUCAACUGGAUAUGUAAUGUAGUAGUGGAGCUUCUACCCUAAUGCUCCCAAUCAAGAAACCCGUACUGGUUAGAUCCAGAGGGAAGCCGCUAAGGAGAACGUUGAGACUGGAUGGUUCCUUUGUGACGUCAUGUCAUUCCAGAAUGAUGUGGCCUCUUGUCAUCAUGACCAAUGAAUGAACAAAAGCAGUAUGUCAGAGUCUUGGCUAUGUGGAGUUUAUGAUUUAGGCAUUACAGGAAGAUGUCAAAUAUCUGACUUUUAUUUUUAUUCUUCAGAACGCCCAGAGGCAUUGGCCAUGUUCCAGGUCACCUACAUUGCGGUUGAGUUGCUCAUGUUGUUCGAUUAUUAAGUUGUAUUGAGGAGGGUUCUUGCAAUAUGAAAUGCUACGUACUCAUUUGCAGAGAACAUAUCCAAUUGGUCAUAGAUGAGAAAGUAGUGUAUAUAUUUUUAAAUUGCAGUAUAUCUAUAAUUUAACAAUCUGAUUCUGUGCAACAGGACUGCACUGUAGGCGACCUGGAACAUGGCCACUACCCCCACCAUGAUGACAGUUUCCUCUUCUCCACUCCUCUCUAUUGCACCAGGCUUCCUCUGUCUGUGGUGAAGAGUAUGUGAGCGGAGGUGAAAUCUCACUGUCAAACCAGGCCAGAUAGACUGAAGGGGUGUCAAACCAGGCCAGAUAGACUGAAGGGGUGUCAAACCAGGCCAGAUAGACUGAAGGGGUGUGAAACCAGGCCAGAUAGACUGACGGGGUGUGAAACCAGGCCAGAUAGACUGAAGGAGCGUGAAACCAGGCCAGAUCGACUGAAGGGGUGUGAAACCAGGCCAGAUAGACUGAAGGGGUGUGAAACCAGGCCAGAUAGACUGAAGGAGCGUGAAACCAGGCCAGAUAGACUGACGGGGUGUGAAACCAGGCCAGAUAGACUGAAGUAGCGUGAAACCAGGCCAGAUAGACUGAAGGGGCGUGAAACCAGGCCAGAUAGACUGAAGGGGUGUGAAACCAGGCCAGAUAGACUGAAGGGGUGUGAAACCAGGCCAGAUAGACUGAAGGAGCGUGAAACCAGGCCAGAUAGAGUCCCUUCUAGGUAGUGUAACUUAUUUUUAAAAAAUAAACAUUUUAUUUCACCUAACUUUAACAUUUUGUAAUGAAGAGCACAUGUUCAACUUAGGAUUUUAAAAAAGUAUUAUUAUUUUCUGUAACGGGGAGGGUUGACCUUUUAAAAUGAAUCACCAGUCUCAUUAAAUCAAUUAUAGUCUUGAUUUGUCAAAGCAACAAAACAAUAACUAGUACCUGAACCUAGACCAGCACUCCUACUCUGAGCUGCCUCAUGAUGUUGUAGCAGUGCUGAUCUUGGAUCAGUUUGACCUUUUCAGAUAAUGGCCAAUGAGAUUACGUGGAAUGGGUGGACGUGGUCCUAGAUCAGCACUCCUGCUCUGAGAUGCUUCGUGAAUACGGGGCCCAGCUCUCCUAGUGAACACAGUAGGCAGUCGGUCUAUUUAAGUGUUACAUACCAGAUGUUUGGUAUGAUAUUAUUACUUUGACGUUAUUUGUGGGUCAUUAUUAGUGUGGCAUGUGAUAAGGGAUGCCCUCCUUAUAUUUGAGAUUUUUUUUUUCAGAGAAAGAAAAUUAAACUGAAGAUAAUA